AUGGUACACACGACAACAUCGAAUGCUAAGAAGAAGGGUAGGUCGAGUAAGAAGGUUGAAAGACUGGCACAGUUGAGAUUUGACUAUGAGCUGCUGACGAACGAGCUUUUCCAUCUGAAAGAGUUCAUGUCGCUGGUGGAGUUUGAUCCGAGCUACGAGAACGAGAGUGAGAGUUAUCGGCGGUUUUUGGUCGAAGAUGGAGUGUCGCUGGGGUCAUUUGAGGACGGGGAGACGGGCGAGGCGGGCAACGGGCGCGUACGAAGGCGGCAGUUGAGAGCGAGUACGACUCCGGCAGCGAACGAGGACGCCAACGGUACCGUUUGGGCGGAAGUGGAGCCGGUGGUGAGAGCUAAGUACGGCGAGUUGAAACAGGCGUUGCGGGCUGGGCAUGUCAAGCGCGACCAGGUGCCGAUGAAGCGCCCCAGGGUCCCGAAACUGGCCGGCAAGAGGGGCAGCAAGCUGCCCUCUCCGGUCAGCAACGGGUCGUCGGCGCUGUCUUCGUCGCAGAAGCACGGCGAUCGCGCAAGAUCAGAGCUGGGACCGGACUCCCGGGAGGAUUCCUUCGAUGACGAGGUUUACUACGGGCAGAAUGUCGAAGAGGACUACUACUUCACCACUUCGUCGGAGGACGAGCCGGAGAGCAGGCGACAGCAUCAAAGGAAAAGACCACGCAUUAACUUGGUAGUCAACCCGCCAAGACAGACGGUGACGAAUCCAUUGCAUGUAAAUAAACCGCAAUUCACAAACCUGCAUGAGUACAUAAACUCUUUCAAAUCGAUGGACGAAGACAUGUCGAUUGAGGAGUACGAGCAUUACAUCCAAGAGCAGAAGAAGGUGGUGGCAGCGAUACGAAGGGGCUUGGAGAGUGGGGCCCUGAGGUACGACCCCGAUACGGAUUCUGUGCAGCCUAUCACCACGAAAGAAGCUCGACUAACUCAAUCGCAUAGACCAGAGCCGAUAACCUACCUUUACAAGCAGCAAAAUCUGCAAACUUUCCAGGACUACCUGUUGAACCAUGGGAUUUUCAUGAGCAGACUAUUUCAGAACAACAGGAAGGCUCGGAUCGCCAGAGCUAGAAAAGUUUCCUUUAUGAUCGAACAGCAUUUCAAGCAUAUUGCUGGCGCAGAGGAGCGGAGGGCCAAAGAAGAGGAAAAACACAAGAGGAACUUGGCGAGAGCGGCUAUGCAGGCUGUUAAAAAACGAUGGACUCUGGCUGAAAAAGCAUAUAGAGUUCUCCUCAAAGAUGAGGAGGAGCACCUUAAGAGAAUUAAGGGUAAAGAACACCUUUCCAAGAUGUUGGAACAAAGCACCCAACUCCUUGAAGCUCAACUGACUCAUAAAGGAGACGAGAGCGAAAGCAGUGAUAGAGAUAGUGACAAUGAGAGUGACAUUGAAGAUAGCUCUGGUUCGGAAAAUGAUGACGAUUUGUUGACUAGUUCUUCCGAAGAGGAAGAUAUCAGUGAAGAACGAGAGAUAAAAUCUGACCGCAAACCUGUUGAAGAUGAGAAUCUCACAGAGGAGGAACUAAAAAUGAAGUACGCCAACAUUGACGAAGCCGUGGCGGUUCAAGACGAGAGGCAGAUGGGUGACAGCCAUUCAUCGGAUGACAACCUAUCUGUAACAACGGAGCAGUCGUCGGAGGAAUUAUCUGAGGAGGAGGAGACUGGCCUCGUUUCAGACGCAAGUAAUAAAAGUCUCGGUCUAAGUCUUUUGCUAGAGCAAGGUUAUGGUAAUGAUGAUGAUGUUGACGACAGCGAUGAGAGUGUAAAAUACGAAUCGGAUCAAUCUUUCAAAGAGGAUGUCACACAUGAGAAUCAGGAGGAUGAGAUGGAGGUGGAGAAAAAAUCUGAUUUGGUCCUUCCGAAUGGUGAAGUUGGGCGGAUGCCUGACCACACCUCAGAAAAUGCUAGGGAUAUGGAUUCCUCAAAUGAGAUGGGAAAGUCCGAGGCGGACCCCUACUCAGUGGAGGAUGUACCUGUUCCUCAGCUUUUACGUGGUACCCUUCGAACUUAUCAGAAACAGGGUCUCAAUUGGCUGGCCUCACUGUACAAUAAUGGCACUAACGGUAUUCUCGCAGAUGAAAUGGGACUCGGUAAAACCAUUCAGACAAUUUCUUUAUUGGCUUACCUUGCAUGUGAGAAGCAUAACUGGGGACCGCAUUUGAUUGUGGUACCGACAUCGGUGUUACUGAACUGGGAGAUGGAGCUGAAAAGAUUCGCACCAGGCUUCAAGGUCUUGACAUACUACGGAUCUCCUCAGCAGCGUAAGGAGAAACGGAGGGGCUGGAAUAAGCCCGACGCUUUUCACAUUUGCAUCGUGUCAUAUCAACUUAUCGUGCAGGAUCAAAACUCUUUCAAGAGGAAAAGGUGGGAGUAUAUGAUUUUGGAUGAGGCCCACAACAUCAAGAAUUUCAGAUCAACGAGAUGGCAAGCUUUGCUUAAUUUCAAUACACAGAGAAGAUUACUGCUGACUGGUACUCCUCUGCAAAACAACAUUGCUGAGCUUUGGUCAUUGUUGUACUUCUUGAUGCCUCAAACUGUCACAGCCGGACAGGAAGUUACCGGAUUCGCUGAUUUAGAUGCAUUUCAACAGUGGUUCGGGAAACCAGUGGACAAGCUAAUCGAAACAGGACAAAAUUAUCAACACGAUGCAGAAACCAAGAAGACGGUUACCAAACUGCAUCAAGUUCUACGGCCGUACUUGCUGAGAAGAUUGAAAGCAGAUGUUGAGAAGCAAAUGCCAGCAAAGCAUGAGCAUAUAGUCUACUGCCGUCUUUCCAAAAGGCAAAGAUUUCUCUACGACGAUUUCAUGUCCCGGGCGCAGACAAAGGCAACUUUGGCUAGUGGCAAUUUCAUGUCUAUCGUCAACUGCCUGAUGCAGUUGAGGAAAGUCUGUAAUCAUCCAGAUCUUUUUGAGGUCAGACCGAUUCUUACCUCGUUUUGCAGCGAGAGUUCCGUUAUUCAGAACUACGUGAGCACGGAUCAGUUUGUACAUGAUCUGGUGAAUCAUGAACAAUACAAGAAUAAGGUAGGCUUGGAUACGAUGAACCUUGUGUUUACAGGAAACGAUCUGGAAUCGACAACCCAUACUUCGCGGGCCACCAGCAAACUGCAGUGUGUUGCAGAGUUCAUAGAGCAAAUCGAUGAACUGCGGCAGCAAGAGAUGUCGAGCGAUAGCAAGGAGUCAGACGAAAUCCCUCCGAACUUCCGAAAUGCCACAGAAUUCUUUAAGCGCUUAGGUAUGAAGCGUUUGCAGGAGACCGUUGAUAACGUAGAAUCCAUACGCCACAUCAACAGGUUGCGUUGCGACAGAAAACCAAUGUAUGGCACGAAUGCUUUCAAGCUUCUAACAAUUGAGCGCGAUCGAAGCAACGACACCGACAGUCUGCGGACCUGCACACAACCAUUGCAGAAAAAGUUCGACAUUUACAAAGAUAUUAUAGAGAAGUAUGCGGUGAUAACACCGAACGCUGUGACCCUGGAUACGCGGUAUUUGACAUUGGGCCUCAACGACGAAAGUCCACUGGACGAAAAUACAAGAAACUUCGUCAUGAGCAACUUUCAAAACAUGAAAAAUCCAUUGCACCAUCUGCAAACCAAGCUGACUGUAGCAUUUCCCGACAAGUCGUUGUUACAGUACGAUUGUGGUAAGCUACAGAAACUCGCAGAACUUUUGCAGGAGCUGAAGGACAACGGACACAGAGCGCUGAUAUUUACGCAGAUGACUAAAGUGCUUGACAUCCUGGAGCAAUUCCUGAAUUACCACGGAUAUCUCUACAUGCGUCUAGAUGGUGCGACGAAGAUCGAAGAUCGUCAAAUUCUAACUGAGAGAUUUAACAGCGAUCCCCGAAUCACAGUUUUCAUUCUGUCGAGUAGAUCUGGAGGGCUCGGAAUCAACCUAACGGGUGCGGACACGGUGAUUUUCUAUGAUUCAGACUGGAACCCUGCUAUGGACAAGCAAUGCCAGGACCGUUGUCACAGAAUUGGGCAGACCAGGGACGUUCACAUCUACAGAUUUGUCAGCGAACACACAAUCGAAAGUAACAUCCUCAAGAAGGCCAACCAGAAGAGGCAUCUCGACAACGUCGUCAUCCAAGAAGGUGAUUUCACAACGGACUAUUUCACAAAGCUCUCGGUUAAGGAUCUUCUGGGUUCCGAAGUGACGGGCGGCCUCAAAGUCGACGACCAGCCUCUUCUGCAGGCGGACUCGGAACCAACCAAAGAUCCGCGAAGUCUAGAGAAACUGCUUGCACAGGCAGAGGACGAAGACGAUGUAAUGGCGGCCAAUUUGGCCAUGAAAGAAGUAGAAGUCGAUAACAACGACUUCACGGAUCAGAAUCCCUCCAGCGAGCAGCAAGCUUCAGCCGCAGAAGGUACUCCCCAACCGUACGAUGAAUACGAAGGCACAAAUCACGUAGAAGAAUACAUGCUCCGGUUCAUAGCCAAUGGCUAUUACUACUGA